AUGCUACUGCGGCGACAAGUCAUCCGUAGAGACGAUCGCAUCGGUCAGUCUGACAUGAGCUUCUCUAUCACCUUCUCCAUGGAGUCUCGACCUGGCAGCAAUUUCCAGAACUUAGCGGUCUCGAGAUGCAACGGGAUGUCCAGUAAUGCCAGCAAGGCCAAGCUAAUGACAUUCAAGAGAACCACCUCCACAAUUGGCUUUAACUACUCCCUUGAUGACAAGCUUCUUGAUCAUUGUACAUCCAUCAAAGAUCUUGGAAUAGUUCUCGACUCCUCUUUUGGCUACAGUCUCUAUAUUGACCAAUUAUGCUGCCGAGCGUCUAGUAUGAUGGGACAGAUUAUGAGAACUGCUAGACACGGCCUUAGCUCUAAUGCUCUUGUACUCUCCUGCAAGUCCCUUGUCCUCCAGCUGCUCGAAUACGCUUCAGUUGUUAGGUCUCCUCACCAACUGGGCCUCAUUGACAGACUACAGUCCGCGCAAAAUAAAUUCCUUAGGUAUUUGGACUGGAGAGAGCCUGAUAGGCAUCUGAACUUGCUCCGGCUACAUCCACUGGUCGUUAGAAGGGAGAUUGCAGAUGUUGUCUUUCUUUACAAGAUUCUCAACUUUGAGGUAGUCUGCCCCCUCUCUUGGAGCGAAUUGUAUUUCGUCUCCAUUCUGCCUCAAGUUUGA